AUGCAAACUCUUCUCAUCUUGGCCGUUUUCUGUGCUGGAGCCUAUGCCAACUUCGGAGAAGGAGGAAAGCAAGCCAUCGUCAAUCAUCACAAUAAUAAAUGGGAUGGAUCCCUCGAAUCCUCCGCCCAAGGAUACGCUAACACCUGCCCAACUGGACACUCCACAAUCCCAUCCAUCGGAGAGAACCUCUACUACUACUGGUCUGGAUCCGCCAUCUCUAACCUCGACCAAUUCGGAGGAAUGGCAUCGGCUGCCUGGGAAUCUGAAUUCCAGGAUUUCGGAUGGGGGUCCAACAAGUUCACCAUGUCUCUCGCCAACACUGGAAUCGGACACGCCACUCAAAUGGCAUGGGCAUUGACUGACAAGAUUGGAUGUGGAAUCAAAAUGUGUGGACCUGAUGCGUCGAAGGGGGGAAUGAAUCGAGUCGCUGUUGUAUGUCAUUAUAAGAUUCAAGGAAACUAUUUGUUUAAGACCAUCUACAACUCGGGAGCCACCUGCUCUGCAUGCCCAUCUGGUACCCGGUGCGAACAAUCUUCGGGACUUUGUGCUUAA